AUGACUCACAGAGUUUAUAACCAGCUGAGCAUCAUUGCUGACCUGAGACAACAGGGGAAAUCUAUUGCAACUGUUACCAAAGAAGUUGAUCCAUCUCUGGAUUACAAGGUCAUUUGGAGAUUUCUUAAGAAGUUUGAGAGCAAUAGUGUCUCCUCGAAAUCUUGUAUAUCUCGCUCUCUACGCGUUCAUUACGACGAAAUAGUCGCGGAAAUUGAGCGGUGCUACAGGAGCAAUAGUUCCACAACAGCCAUAGAAAUAGUCAACCGCCUUAAAACGAGGGGUCUCUCGAUCAGCGUGACUCAUGUUAAGAGGCUAAGGAGCCGCCUCGGUUUCAGAAAGGCCACUACCAAGUAUUGCCAUACGAUCAGAGAUGUGAACAAGGAAGCUCGCCUCGAAUUCUGCACAGAUAUGCUCAACAGAGGGACUACAUUUUCAGCAUGUGUGUUCACUGACGAUAGACUGCUCGACGAAAUUCUGUUACGUGAGACCUGGAGAUCACUUCUCCAGGUUGCGUCACCGAGCAAAGCACCCAGCGAAGGUGCACAUCUGGGGAGGCAUUUCGGCCAGAGGAACCACCCAGCUCGCUUGCCGGGAGAGUGCACAAUAGAUAGUGAACUUUACUGUAGGAUUUUGGAAAAAUGCUAUCUGCCAUUCAACCAGAAUGUCCACAAUGGGUUUUGUAAACUCGUACAAGACAAUGCGCCUCCUCAUAAGAGCCGCUAUACGGCGGCUAAAUUGAAAGAAUGGGGCAUUGAAACCCUGUCUUGGCCGGCAGAGUCCCCAGAUCUCAACCCUAUUGAGCUUGUAUGGGGCAAUAUGAAGAUCUAUAUCAGGAAACAAGGUAUACGAAGGCUGGACGAUUUGAAGGUAGCGAUACUUCAGUACUGGAAAACUCUCACUCCUGAUGUAUGUGCUAACUAUGUAAGCGGAAUACGGAGCAGAAAUGAAGCAGGUUAUCGAACAACAGGGGAGAAACAUUAUAGAAACAAAGUAGUUUUGGGUUAUUAUUUAAUGAAAAUUUUUUUACACACUAAAAAUAAAGCCGUUGCUUUCGUAAUAUUCCUAAUAAAACGUUUUUUGCGAUGUGAAUGUGUGACACAAAUGCUUUUCUAG